AUGGUUUCCUUGGCUUUGGCCUUUUCGCUGAUGUGUCUGGCGAGAAGCUUUGUGAAAGAACUUGCGAGAAAGGAGACAGUGGAGCGCGUGGCUCCCGCUGAGGAAGAGCUACCGGAACUCUGGUACUCACCUUACGGAGAGAAGACCCACUACAAGAGAACCUUUUGGGAAGCAGCAGGAAAGUACCUUUGGCUAAAAGUCUUCAUGGUUGUGGUUCUCAUGAGCAUGUCGUGGUUCAUGGUUUUUGAAGUGAACGAGACCUACGGCUACCCGCUGACCGCGAGCCGCAUGCUGAACUACAAGAACAAGGUCCUCAGCCUCGACAACAAGAACCCCGAGAAGAAGCAUGUGAUAAAGGAGAUUACCCCAGCAGAAGUUGUGCCUGCCGGGAAGAGCCAAGAAGGUGAUCACACAGAACUUUUCACGUUGUGGUCGCAUUUACAUGAGCCCAAUACCGAACCGAGAACGAGAACGAGAUCUACGUCACGAGCUACCUCAAGAAGACGAACGCGUACUCCGAGUUUUACAAGAACAAAAGAAGAAGAAAGUUGCAACUACAGUUUUCAUGAUGGUGAUGUCACGGAGUAUAACGAGAAUUUAAAGAACAACGAAGUGCCCCACUUGAACUACUACAAGAACCUUGCGUUUGAGUUGGUUUUGGAGUUUCAAGAGUACCUUGCGAAAGCAGGAAGAAGCCUUGAGCCCGUCGUGAGCUACGUCGUGCGCACGUGUCACCCAGUUCUACUUCUACUUGGGACCCCGCUUGGUAUGGUCACUUGGAUCUACCUCUAUUUUUGGGUCAGAGUUAAGCAAACAAAAAGAGAACAGUUGAAGAAGAAAGUUUCGAGAAGGAAGUUGCACAGGUCAGUUUGCAGCGUUCUUUUCAGGAAGCGAGUUUGGUUGCAUGCUGUGUUGCUUUACAGUCACAUGGGGAGUGCAGUUGCGAUGGAGGAAGCCUUGCAAAGGCUUACGGACCUCACUGCCCAAAACACACAACAGAUACAAGCACUUGCCCAAGCAAUGAACAGUCAGCAAACACAGGCAGGUACCGCUUCACAGCAGUUACAAGAACUCGCGCAGUCAGUUUCACUACAGCAGAGAGCAAUCACUGAAGCAACCCAAGCAACGAACACAGCACUGUCACAGCAAGCAGAGCUUACAGCCAACGCGGUUGCAGCAACAGGAAAGCUUACAGCAGACGCAGUCACAGCACUGUCGCAACACGCAGAGUCGAGAAGGCCAGGAGAGGUCGAUCUCCACAAGAUGAUCAAAUCACCAGAAGUCUUUGGCCCCACGACGUACAAAGAAGAACGUGAUGGUUUUCUAGAGUUUCGCCUGAAGAUGAGAAGCUGGAUAGGUGCCCUCAACAACGACAUCCUCGAGAAGAUUAACGCAGAAGAGUUGUUCCAGGAAAGUGAUCUUCACCAAAGAAUUGAAGUUAUCCUGGACUCUGGCGCAGACGUUUCUCUUGUGCCCUCGUGGCUAGGAAGAGAAGGAACCCCUUUGAAGGUUCGCCCUGCGUCUAUUCAAGAUGCACAAGGAAAGGCAAUAAAGACAGAAGGAAGAAGGAUGCUGAACUUAACGUUCUUUGACGAUGAUGGAAGCUUUUGUCGCAUCCAGGAAGCCUUCACCGUUGCCUCGGUGAUCAACCCACUGAUGGCCAUAGGCAAGCUGUUUCGAGAAGGUUGGGAGUUGCGAGUCAACGAAGUAGAAGGUAUGUGCCUUACAGAUGGAAGUUCAAGAAUACCAGUGCAUCUCCACAAGAACAGCUUAGCAGCCUACGCCUACGUACAAACUCCUUCAAGAAGCAAAAGCUACACCAGCAGCAACUACAAAAUGGUUCGUACAGUUGUGCAGCUCAACAAGCACAUUCAAGCAGUGAACAGAGAAGAACCUGGUUGGCACAAUACCGACAGCAUGGUCAUUGUCAAGCGUGCCACUCAAAGCAGCUACGAGAACCCAUCUCUCAUGUACAGCCCUACGCACUUUCCGUACAGAAGCACUUUGGUGAAAGAAGAGAGAGGAUGGAGAGCAGUUGAAGUUUCAAGAAAGUACUCCGAGAAGGCAGACCCUUUUGAAGAGUUUGGUGAGGGAGAGAAGGAAGUGGUUACAGCCAUUUCAGCAAAGCCAAUUCCACUUUGGAUUCUUGGCACUCCGUAUGCAGCUGGAGACCGAGCAGACCAAGAAAGCCAUGGUCGUGUUUCCAACUGUCCUGUUCUCCUUGGAGACCUCGAGAACACCAGAUAUACCCAAGGAGACUGUAUCUACAGUACGGAGAUCUACGAACACAGCGACGACUGGAGAGCAGACCGCCUACCUCUACGUGAACACUUUCGUUUGCCGUGGUUUGGUCAAACAAGGUUUCGUGUGAAGCCAGAAGUUGUUGAAGACCUGAAGGCAGAAGCAGCAGCAGAGGAGUUAAAGAAGAAGAAAGAAGAACACUACAAAGAGAAGGAAGACUCAGCAGCACCAGCAGCAGAAGAAGAGAACAAAGAUGAAGAGAUGAGAGAAGCACAAGCAGACCAAGAAGCACCACAAGAAGUUGUUGAAGUUUUGGAGGAAAGCUUCUACCACGAAGGUGUUGAGUACACAGCUGAGAAAAGCAGUCUUAAAGAACUACAAGCACUUUGCAGAGAGUACGGAGUGAAAACAACAGGAAGCAAGAAGCAGCUUUUGAGGAGACUUGCCACAGCAGUCAGAGAAGAGAGACUCAACACACAGCACAAGGAGCAACGGGAACACCACCAAGCUUACCACCUAGCACCACCUCAGGAACCAACGGAAGAGGAGAGAGCGUACCACAACUUGACGCACCUUCCGUACCAGCCUUGGUGUCCCCAUUGCGUUGCUAUGAAAGCACGAGAAGACAGCCACAAGAAAGGAUUGAGCAAGCCAAGCAGCUCUACUGAUUCCGCGAAGCCUGUCAUCAGUUUUGACUUUUGCUAUACAAGCACCACAGGAAGUGAAGAGCCACCUGCAGUGACUCUUGUCGCUGUGGACAGCUGGAGCAAGGCAGUCCUUGCAGUGCCCUGCAAGAGAAAAGGAGGUGCAGGAAGCACAACGCACCUUGCAGAAGCACUUGUGCAGUUCACCACGCAGCUCGGGUACAACACCCUUGUUCUCAAAGCAGACAACGAGAUACGGAGGCAAGUGAACACUAUACUUGAUGAAGAACGAAACCAGCUCGAGAACGAUGAGGCCGCCAGCGACCCUCCGAGUUCGGAGGACAGCAGUGAGGAACAGCAAGCAGUUGAAGACAGAGAAGAACAGAGCGAAAGCAGCAGCAUGAGCGUGACGAGAGAUAGGAAGAGAAGAGCUGAAGUUGAUGAUGACACCCUCUUGGAGGAACUCCAGGCACUUGAGCCACUCACAGCCUCAGCAGAAGCACUUGCAGCACCAGCUGAACCAAGAGCAGAAGCAAGCAAGCACAGUCUUGAGCCUGAGGAACCAAGCUCACCCAGCAAGUCACGAAAGCAGGUCAACAGAGCAGAAGAAGCAGAUGGUUACCUCAACAUGCCUCAUGAUGAUGAGGUUUACGAAGCAGAUGAUGAGUUUUUGUACGAGUCUGAAGAAGAAGAAGAAGAGGAAACAGAGAAAGAACCAACGGAAGUUUCUACCAAGGUCCCCAUCGAUUUCUUCGAUGAGGAGAAAGGACCACCGAACGUGGACCCAGCUUUUCUUCAGAAGUUGGAUGAUGAAGCUACAGUUAAGGAGAUCAAGAGGUUAACAAAGAUGGGAGUUAUUUCGUUGGUUUCUACAGACCCUCAGGAAGCAACUGAGAACGUACCUCUGGUAGACUCAGAACAAGAACUUCACAAGUGGUUGACAACGAAGUUGGUGAAAGAUUGGAGGUUCAGAGAAGCCACAGGUUUUGAAGUUGAAGAAGCCACAGCAGGAAUCACCAGACUGGUGCCCAUGCUGGCUCUCGCCAACAAUUGGGCGAUCUACAGUGUCGACAUGAAAGUCAACGCGACGCAUCCAGCCUUUGGUCCGACUUUUGUGAUGGACUUUUGGUUGAAGAGAAGAAAGAAGGAAGUCAUCGAACCGAUCCUCAAGAACCCCAAGAAGAAAGUGAACCUACAAGUUGAAGGACCUCUUUUGAACGAGGAAGACUACGAGAAAGGAUUCUCUGAAGAAGCCGUGAAGUUUCUCAAAAGGAAGUACACGUACGAGCAUCACGAACUACGAGUACAUAGCGAUAGCAAGUACGUGAAGAAACUCGUGGAGAUCCUCAAGCUGGAGAAGAAGAAGGCCAAGAACUCGCCUUGUACACCGCCUAGUCAAGAACCUGACGUAUCCCAAGAAUUGGACGAGGAACGCUCGAGAACGUACAGAAGUUGUGUUGGCAUUUUGCUGUACGUGGCGCACGACCGUCCGGACAUUCAGUUCGCAGUACGUAGCCUAAGUACUGCCAUGACGAAGCCAACGGAAUGCAAAAGGAAAGAACUGGAGCACUUGGACCUCAAGAACAACCACGUGAACGUUUGCUCGAAGUUUUUAGUGAACUACGACGGCGACUCCUUCGACGAGGCAAAGAAAGAAGUGAAAGAGAGAGCAGAGAAGUUGGAGAAGGAAAAGGAGGAGUUUGAAGAGGAGAAGAAAAAGUUUGAGGAGGAAAAGAAAGCAGCCACAGAAGAGAAGACAGAGUUUGAGGACACGGUGAAAAGGUUUUUGGCAAAGCAGAAGCAGGUGACGGAAAAGGAAGACAAAGUCACAGAGAGAGAAGAGAAGGUAGAGAAAGACCUCGAGACCCUCCAGGAGCAAGCGAAGACCCUAAGCGAGAAAGAGACAGCCCUUGAAGAAGCCGAGGAGAAGGUCAAAGGAAGAGAAGCAGAAGUGGCAAGAAAGAAGAAAGAGGUAGAGAAGAAAGAGAGAAAAGCUCAGGAAAGAACCACCGGCUACGACGAGGAGAGAGAAGAGUACGCCAAGAAGUACGUGGACGACGCAAAGAAGGACUUGGAGAGAGAGCUUAAGGUACUAAAGCAAGAAGAGAAAGUAAGGAACCAGAAGCUCGACGACCUCCAGUACGACUACAAAAGCCUCAAGGACGACUACCAGUACUUCAAGACUUACUCGCAGGAAGUGGACGCCCUUCUACUUGCAGCUAAGGACAAGAUCGUGAAGUACAAGAAGAAGGUCAAGAGCCUCAAGGAAACCAUAGGUGCAGUCUUGUCUGGAAGCGAAGGUGAAGAAGAGACAGAAGAAGCCUACAAUACCAAAGCAGAGGAAGAGAGAGAGAAGACAGAAGAGGAGCCAAAAGAAGAGGAGGACAAGCCCAAAGAGAAAAGGCCAAAGCAGGUAGAGACAGAAGACCAAGAAGAGAAACCGCCAAGCAACCAAGGAGACGACACCGUCACGGACCCGAACGUAACAGAGUUCACGCAGCUUGGGUACGUGUGGGAGUUCAACAAGAAGACGCAAGAGUACCGCGCGAAGUGUGAGGACAAGAAAGGCGCAGCAAGGAUCAAGAAUGCGCCCGUCAAGGGACGCAUGCUCUGGAACAAGGUGACAGAGUGUUUCAGGAAACACAACGUUUGGUUUUGCGACGGCCGAGAACUUGACCGAUUCCUCGAGAGCAAGGAGAACGAGAAGAUCGAGGAGGAAGUGCAGCGACGCCUUGGAAACAAAGGCAGACAGGACAACACAGGAACCAAGGGAAAAGGUCCCUCCUGGGACGACGGCCAGAACGACGGCUGGUGGUACAACGACCAGUGGAACAACGAGAACUGGAACACCGACGACGGCAGUGGUUGGUACGACAACGCGAACCCACAGAACAAAGGCUACUGGCAGACGCCAGAAGAGUGGGCGCAGCAGAACCAGUGGGAGCAGUGGACACCCAAAGGAAAGAGCAAAGGCAAGAAGUCCAAGAACUGGAUGAAGACACAGUGA